GGACACUAGUGAACAAUAUGUCAACAUCUGCAGUGGACUUCACACCUAGCCACGGUGCAACCAUAUCACUACCUCUUACAAAUGGAAAGCCUGAAAAAGUAACAAAUCUUACAAUAACAAAUACCACAACAACUUCCUUGUUCCUGACAUGGACUGCUCCAGUAGGACUUCACAGCCACUACAUCAUUAAUACCACUGGAAGUUCUUCUGCAAGUAUGGCUGCAGGAACUGACUAUGUUAACAUCACAGGACUGAUCCCAGGAGGAAACUACAGCAUCAGCAUUUCAGCAGUUUCAUUUGAUGGGACCAUUGAAGGGGACAGUUUAUCAACAAAUGGCUCCACCAAGCCUGAAAAUGUAACGCACCUUACAAUAACAAAUACCACAACAACAUCAAUGUUCCUGACAUGGACUGCUCCAGUAGGACUUCACAGCUACUACAUCAUUAAUACCACUGGAAGUUCUUCUGAGAGUAUGAUUGUAGAAACUGACUAUGUUAACAUCACAGGACUGAUCCCAGGAGGAAACUACAGUAUCAGUGUUUCAGCACAUUCAUUUGAUGGGACGAUUGAAGGGGAAAGUGUAUCAAUGAAAGGGUCUACCAGACUUCACAGCUACUACAUCAUUAAUACCACUAGAAAUUCUCCUGAGGGUAUGGAUGUAGCAACUGACUAUGUCAACAUAACAGGAAUAACCCCAGAAGGAAACUACAGCAUCAGUGUUUCAUUUGAUGGAAUGAUUGAAGGGGAGAGUUUAUCAGUAAAAGAAUCUAUCAAGCCUGAAAUACCAAGGAACCUUACAAUAACAGAUACCACAACAACUUCACUGUUCCUGACAUGGACUGCUCCAGUAGGACUUCACAGCCACUACAUCAUUAAUAUCACUGGAAAUUCUUCUGAGAGUAUGGUUGUAGAAACUGACUAUCUUAACCUCACUGGACUAACCCCAGGAGGAAACUACAGCAUCAGUGUUUCAGCAGUUUCGUUUGAUGGGACGAUUGAAGGGGAAAGUUUAUUAGUAAAAGGAUCUACCAAGCCGGAAAUACCAAGGAACCUUACAAUAACAGAUACCACAACAACUUCACUGUUCCUGACAUGGACUGCUCCAGUAGGACUUCACAGCCACUACAUCAUUAAUAUCACUGGAAAUUCUUCUGAGAGUAUGGUUGUAGAAACUGACUAUCUUAACCUCACUGGACUAACCCCAGGAGGAAACUACAGCAUCAGUGUUUCAGCAGUUUCGUUUGAUGGGACGAUUGAAGGGGGAAGUUUAUUAGUAAAAGGAUCUACCAAGCCUGAAAUACCAAGGAACCUUACAAUAACAGAUACCACAACAACUUCACUGUUCCUGACAUGGACUGCUCCAGUAGGACUUCACAGCCACUACAUCAUUAAUAUCACUGGAAAUUCUUCUGAGAGUAUGGUUGUAGAAACUGACUAUCUUAACCUCACUGGACUAACCCCAGGAGGAAACUACAGCAUCAGUGUUUCAGCAGUUUCGUUUGAUGGGACGAUUGAAGGGGAAAGUUUAUUAGUAAAAGGAUCUACCAAGCCUGAAAUACCAAGGAACCUUACAAUAACAGAUACCACAACAACUUCACUGUUCCUGACAUGGACUGCUCCAGUAGGACUUCACAGCCACUACAUCAUUAAUAUCACUGGAAAUUCUUCUGAGAGUAUGGUUGUAGAAACUGACUAUCUUAACCUCACUGGACUAACCCCAGGAGGAAACUACAGCAUCAGUGUUUCAGCAGUUUCGUUUGAUGGGACGAUUGAAGGGGAAAGUUUAUUAGUAAAAGGAUCUACCAAGCCUGAAAUACCAAGGAACCUUACAAUAACAGAUACCACAACAACAUCACUGUUCCUGACAUGGACUGCUCCAGUAGGAUUUCACAGCCACUACAUCAUUAAUACCACUGGAAGUUCUUCUGAGAGUAUGGUUGUACACACUGACUAUCUUAACCUCACUGGACUAACCCCAGGAGGAAACUACAACAUCAGUGUUUCAGCAGUUUCAUUUGAUGGGACGAUUGAAGGGAAAAGUUUAUUAGUAAAAGGAUCUACCAAACCUGAAAUACCAAGGAACCUUACAAUAACAGAUACCACAACAACUUCACUAUUCCUGACAUGGACUGCUCCAGUAGGACUUCACAGCCACUACAUCAUUAACAUGACUGGAAGUUCUUCUGAGAGUAUGGUUGUAGAAACUGACUAUCUUAACCUCACUGGACUAACCCCAGGAGGAAACUACAGCAUCAGUGUUUCAGCAGUUUCAUUUGAUGGGACGAUUGAAGGGAAAAAUUUAUUAGUAAAAGGAUCUACCAAGCCUGAAAUACCAAGGAACCUUACAAUAACAGAUACCACCACAACUUCACUGUUCCUGACAUGGACUGCUCCAGUAGGACUUCACAGCCACUACAUCAUUAAUAUCACUGGAAGUUCUCCUGAGAGUAUUGUUGUAGAAACUGACUAUCUUAACCUCACUGGACUAACCCCAGGAAGAAACUACAGCAUCAGUGUUUCAGCAGUUUCAUUUGAUGGGACGAUUGAAGGGGAAAGUUUAUUAGUAAAAGGAUCUAUCAAACCUGAGAAAGUGACCAACUUCAUGAUCACAAAUAUCACAACAGCUUCACUGUUUCUGACAUGGACUGCUCCUACAGGGCUGCACAGCCGCUAUAUUAUUACUGCUGCUGGAGCGUCUUCUGCGAAUAUGAAUGUAACGACUGACUAUGCUAACAUCACAGGACUAACACCAGGAGAAAACUACAUUAUCAGUGUUUCAGCGCUUUCCUAUGAUGAGAUGACUGUUGGAGACAGUUUACAAAGGAAAGGCUCUACUAGACCUGAGAAGGUGACCAGCCUCAUAAUUACAAAUACCACAGCAACUUCGCUGUUCCUGACAUGGGCCGCUCCUACAGGACUGUACAGCUACUACAUUAUCGAUGCCACAGGAGCUUCUUCUACAACUAUGAAUGUAACAACUAACUCAGUUAACAUCCUACAACUGAUCCCAGGAGAAAACUACAGUGUCAGAGUUUCAGCAGUUUCAUAUGAUGGGACAACUCUAGGGGACAGUGUAGCAGCUAAAGGCUCUACUAGAAAAAGCAGUGCAAUUCUGCGAAUGAGCAUGUUCAGCAGCCUUUUGGAUAUUGAUGGCUCAGAUUUCCACAACCAAACCUUGGUUCAGCUGAAAAACAUCAUACAGGAACAGUUCCCAGGUGUAAAAUUUACUGUUACUUGGAAAGGAUCAAGAAGAAGUUGAUACCAUCUUUUCUAAAACCUGUUAAUAUUUUUCACAUUUAAUUUAUUGGAAAGAAUGGAUGAAGUGUUACAGAAGAUUAAGAACUGGAAAUAUGCAAAUGAACAUAACCAGAUUUGUAUGGACUAUCAUGUGUAUCAAGUCCUAUAAUUUAUUUCACAGCAUUUAGUAAUUUAAUUAAUAACUUAUCAAUCCAUGGGAAUUUGAACUUAUAAAUGAUUAUACUUAUUAAACAAUCAUGAUUGCAGUUUAUCAAUAUGAUGGGUAUGUGUUCACCUCUUUACAACAUUUCAGGUGGUAUGACACUGCUUGUGUGUGUAGCGUGUAGAAUUAAUAAAUAAUUGCCAUUAUUUUUCUAAGGUUUAGUAUCUAGGAAACUAGGCCCUGCCAAUUUGCUGCAUGCUGUCUAAGGACUACAUAUUUUAGUUCGGAAUGGCUCUUACAAAUUUUUCUUAAUAGGGUCAUAUCAUAACACUAUUACUUUUAACUAUUGUUAUAAAAGAUUGUGUGUUAAACAUGAAUAUAUAUUUUCAGCAACUGUCAGUUAAGAAAUCCAUCUAGUUCAGAUCCUGUUUUAUUGCAAAGUGAUGUUUUAUCUCAUUAUGGUCAAUUCCAUCAUUGUAUCACUGCAGAUAGGUUCAAACAAAACUUAGGCUGGUAAGAUAACUGACAAUUCAUUAAAUGUAUGCAUUUUCCUCUAUCUGAGAAAAAGUGUUCACAUACUGAACUGUCUUUAAAAAUGCAAAACUUGAUAUCAAGUCAUCUAUAAUUAGAACCAUUAUAAACUGGUUAGACCCCAAUUAUACUGCAAACUGGAAGUACUUACAUUUAACCAUAUUAUUAAAUGAAAGUCAUACUUCAGUUAAAUUUCCACUAACCAAUCAAUUUAAUAUGUUAUGGCAUGUCCUAUGUCUCUGUAUACAAUAUAAUAUAUCAACACCUACAAAAUUAAAUUCCAUUAAUUUUAUAUUUAAUACAUUCAGGACACUUAUUAACAUGAAUAUAGAGAUCAUGCUUUGGUUUGAGACAUCAAUUCCCUUUAGUUUUACAAAAUAAUUUACUGACAAAUUGCAUAGAAACACUUUAAAUAUCUGGGAAUCUAAAAACUUCAUAUGUUGGCAACAUGGUAUGAAUGAACAUAAGGUACUAGAUGGACAAGACGUUGUAAUGCAAUUUAAACCAUCAUCAGAAGAUUAGCUACUUCUACAAAUUGCUCUGUCAUAUUCCCAUGAUUUAUGCAGAAUAAUUAAUAGCUCUUCUUUCAAAGGAAAACCAAAGUUUAUUAUCUAUUUAUAUGAAAUUGUUUAUAACAAUUUCAACUUGAAUAACAACACUUCAAGACUGUAUAAAAUGGUAAUGACAUAUAAAACAAAACCUCAAGAAAAAUAUUGGAAUUAUAUUGCUAAGGGGCAUUCCUUAUCUUUAUCUACAGAAAUUAAAAAUACUCUCUUGCUUUCUGUUAAAUUAACCUGUUAGUCUCAAUAGUGGAGAAUUUAUACUUGGAAAUUUCUCUAUAGAACAUUCCUAACACCAGAAAAAAUAGCUAAGUUUAGUACUUGUAGUAAUGUUUUAUGUUGGAGAUGUUCCCAAGCAUGCAGGGCAGACUGGAUACAUAUUUCUUAUGAGUGCACUAGUAUAAAACAAUUCUGGAAUGAUAAUUUUUUACAAGUUGUAUUCUCAGAUUUGUUUAUAUUAUCUAAAGGUUUAGUGCUACUAAACAUAAAUGAAGAUCCUCAUUUGAAGGGGGACAAUAUUUAUUUACUGUGGACCAUUCUACCAGUAACUAGAAAGUACAUAAUGAGGAAAUGGAAUUCCACUUCACCACGGUCCAUGGGAAGAAUUUCUAUAUUUAAUGAAAGACACAGCACAGAAAGAGAUCAAGAUUAAAGAAUUGAGAGUCUGUCCUAACACAGUAGCAACUAAUCCUUGGACAAAGGUACUAAAUCUUAUGGAAAAUCUACAACUGGACUGUGCCUCUCUCUGAUUACUGUAAAUGCUUACUUAAUUGUAUGUUAAUCCAUGUAUAUUGAAUCAAACUGGUUUCAUUUAUUGAUUUUUCCUGAAGGCCAAAUGUAAAUAGUGUAUAUAGUUAUUCAUGUUUUAGAAUUUAGAUUAUUUAGUAUCUGCAAUAAUUUAAUUUGAAAAUAAAAAAUUACUUGAGUAAAAAAUGCAUAACAUGAACAGCAGAUGUUCAACAUGAAAAGGACAGUAUAGGUUAUACUUGUAAAACUCUCAUAAAAAUAUUUUUGAUAACAAUGCUUUUUUACAAUUCCUGAGAUACAAAUAAUUUUAAAGAUUUGUGAAUGGUUGAAGUCAUGUAAACAUUCUACUUACGUUUCACUACCUCAAAUUGUUUUCAUUGCUGGAAAAGCUAUUAGUAAAAAUAAUUGAUUCUUUCUGAUGGUACGUACAUUUACUUUUGAAACAUUUAUUCUCAAAUGUUUAGGUUAAUGCUUGCCUAAAACAGCUUCAGGUUGCAAUUGAGGGGACUUCCUGUGGGAGAAGCUAACUGUGGAAACUGUUCUGUAAAGGAAGAGACGAUAUAAGAAAUAUUAGAAAUAUUAGGUGGUUGAAAGUAGUGUACUGGAGUUAGAUAGAAUAUGAAGAGUUAGUUACACAAUGCCUAAUACCUUGAAGUUGCUAUGCUGAGUUUCAGACAUUAAACAUAAGUGCAAUGUUUGGCAUUCAUUUAGAUUUUCUGUAUGGUUGACAGGUAACAAUGACAGCAUUAAUAACUCGUACACAGUGGAGAGCCUUUCAAGAAAUGAAAACCAAGUUUCCUUCAUUCAAGCAAAAACAUAAUGGCUUUUAAAUUGCUUUCUUAUAAUAUAGUAACAACUUUAGUAGCUAUGUAAGUGCUUGCAGGGUUCAGCUGUUACCACACGUUAUAUAAUAUGGAGUAACACACAUUCUGUAUAAGACCAGGAAGUCUAGGGCAUAUUACUGGAGUAAUAGGAGCAUGCAUAUAGUUAUUUAUGUUUUAGAAUUUAGAUUAUUUUGUAUCUGCAAUAAUUUAAUUUGAAAAUAAAAAAUUACUUGAGUAAAAAAUGCAUAACAUGAACAGCAGAUGUUCAACAUGAAAAGGGCAGUAUAGGUUAUACUUGUAAAACUCAUAAAAAUAUUUUUGAUAACAAUGCUUUUUUACAAUUCCUGAGAUACAAAUAAUUUUAAAGAUUUGUGAAUGGUUGAAGUCAUGUAAACAUUCUACUUACCUUUCACUACCUCAAAUUGUUUUCAUUGCUGGAAAAGUUAUUAUAUUGUACAGUCUAUACCAGAAAAUAUUUUGAAUUUUUUUAGCUUUCUAAUAAUACUUAAACACGAUUUUACAUAUUUCAGAUGAUUUCAUUUUAGCUUUACUAAAUAAAAAUGACUUAUCUAAUGCUACUAUGGCAGAACAAUUUCUUCAUUAUAACUCUCUGAAUCAGCUGAAUUUCUGUCUGAUUGGUAGAACAGUUUUUUUUUUCAUUAUAACUCUCUGAAUCAGCUAAAUUUCAAGUAUGAUUUAUAAGGCUUCAUUGCACCAUAAGAAAAUGUAAACAGUGACUAUUAGGACAAUAUUCAUAAUACAGAUCUCAUACUGCUGAAAUGCAUCAGUGAGAUAAACAGCAUAAUACCCAUGAUCAGACAACAUGUAUCCAUAAAACAUAUUUUAGAAGUGCAAUUCUCUAAUCUGUAAAUUUAAAAAAAACUAAAUCAUAUGUCUGAAAUAAAAUUUUGUAUGUACUUCUUAAAAUGUGCAUUAUUU